GUGCCUUAAGCGGCAUUUGGGACAAAGGUGAAGAAGCGCUCAGUCGCGCCUGUGCAGCAGGCCACAUUGAGAUUGCGCAACUGCUGUUGGAAGCCAGAUUCCCGUGCUGCGACAUGACUCUGUUCUCAACAUGUUACAGUGGCCAUCUUGAGCUAGCAAAGAAGCUUCUGGAGGCCGGCAUUGGUCACGGUCUCGAAGCCGUUGAGGCCCUGCAUCACGCUGCAGGCGUGGGCGACGCUGAGGCUGUGCGCUUGCUGCUGAGCGCUGAGUACAUGGGAACCUACGCAGACCAGAUGGAUCGUUGUCUUGUCAGCUCAUGCCAUGAUGGCUACCUUGAGAUUGCCCACCUGCUGCUGGAAGCCGGAGUGGACAAAGACAGUGUGGACCCUUCUGGCAAGACAGGUCUCAUCUGUGCAUGUGACCAAGGCCACAUGGAGAUUAUUCAGCUGCUUCUAGCAGCCGGCGCCAACGUCAACUUGAAGGACCACAACGGCCAAACGGCCCUGAACUGUGCAGAUGACAAGGGCUUCGCUGAUAUUGCCAUCUUGCUUCGGGCGGCGGGUGCAGUCGGGGGCAGAUGCAGACCGAUCAUUACUGGCAAGAGGACGUUCAUUACGAAAUCUGAGCUGAUGCUGCUCUGGCCAGAAAGAUUUGCGGCAUAA